UCAGUGUGGCUGUAGCUCGGUUGUAGGCGGUGUUCUUCAGCUCAGCUCAGCUGUGGUUUUUAGGUUUAUUUACAGACGCCUUAACGCCUUAACAGAGGAUGCUGGAGUCAAUUAAAGUAACAGAAAGACUCCACUGGCCAGAAGUAGAAAUGUCCAAAAAGUACAUCUUAAACUCAGUGAGUCCAAGCCAAGUGUACCUGGAGAAGAUUUCUUCCAGUGUCCUCAAAGACCUCUUCAGCACUGGCUCCAGCAGCUACAACGUCCUGCUGCAGGCUGAGGAGAAGAAGAUUCAGAAGCAGUCCCCGUACAAGAGGCCAAAAACAUCAGUGAAAUGUGGCGCCGCAUGUAGUAGAAGAAAAGUCAUGGUUCCUAAAAAGUUGCGUGUACCAGAAAGUGUCUGUAAACCUGCACAGACUAAUCGUGUUCUCUCAGGCAACUCCAAUCACUCUAAACCAGUAAGGAACAUGGCAAUAGUGGGCAGCACCAUGGGCCUAACCACACGUGCUGCUCCACAGCUGAGAAAAAUGUGCACCCCCAAUUCCCCCCGCACUAAACUGCCCUCGUUGCACAAAGCAGCAAUCACACGGGAAGUGGAAAAUGCCAAGAAGCUCUGCAUCCUUACAGCCAUCAAGCCGUCUAAUGUUCAGAAAGAGAAGGCCACGUUUUUCAAGUCUGACUUCAACUACGAUCCACAGUUCGAGUACAGCAACCCAGCCUCCCCAGUUGUUCUGGCACGGCAUAGCAAUGCCUCAGACCACUUCCUCACACAGGCAGUGCGCAUCAUGGAGCUGGCCCUGCAGCGAUAUGGCAGCUAUGAGAAGUUUGAGAAGGCCACCGGCGGCAACCUCCUCACCAAGAGUCGCGUCUGGCACAACAUCAAGAAAUACAUGGAGAAGGAAGGCUGCGUGGGGGAGAUCGUAGCCCAGGUGACAGACGACCUCCUGUCCAGAGCCUCCAUGACGGUGGUGAACAGCAGACCCACACUCACCAUCAACAGCUCCACUGCCAGAGAGCACUGGCUUGAAGGCAUGCUGCGGCAUGAGAUCGGCACACAUUAUUUCCGCGGCAUCAACAACUGCCACCAGCCAUGGAGCAGCAGUGUGGGCAGGAAGAAGCACAACCUGAAGCCUCUGAACCCCACAGAGGAGGGCCUGGCCAGCAUCCACAGUGUCCUGUUCAGGAAAGACCCCACACUGUGGCGCGCCGCUCUGCUCUACUACACCGUCUACCAGGCCAGCCACAUGUCCUUCUCCCAGCUCUUCCACAAUCUGGGACGCUUCGUCCAGGACCCCAACACCCGCUGGGACUACUGCGUCCGGGCCAAGAGGGGCCAGACCGAUACAGCGCAGCCAGGGUGCUUCAGUAAAGACCAGGUCUACCUGGAUGGUAUCCUGCAGAUCCUGAGAUACAGAGACAAGAUCGACUUCCCACUGCUGAUGGCUCUAGGAAAGGUGUCAUUUGAAGACGUGGACCGCCUGAAAGCACUGGCUCAGAUGGAAAACGUCCGCAUCCCGCACUUCAUGCAGGACCAGGCGAGGUAUGCCGAGCAGCUGGAGAAAAUCAUGGCGGUGAACCAGCUGACUGACGAGGAGCUCAAGGCCAUCAUCUGAGCCAGCUCCGCCACACAAACCUGCUCACACCUGAAGGAAAGCUGUCGCACCACUGCCAGCCGUGGCCCGCAUGCCUCAACACCAUCAUCUUGCAUGGUAGCAGAGUGUGUGCAGCAUGCUAUAGUGCAUGCAGUGUAAAGUUAGAUAAAUGCAUUAGUUGACUUUGGCUUUGAAUUAUAGAUCUGUUAUUGUCAUAUCUCCACUGAUACAAUCAGAGAAUCAUUUCAGUGUUGAGAUAAGGGCUGGAAGUAGUUUAUUGUUUUUACCAGUGCCAAUACAAUACCUGAAUUGCUGAUCAAUACAGAUAUAAUAACAUUUUCUAAGCACUUGGUGCCAACGUUUUUUAACUUGUUAGUCUCUGAUAUUCAGUUUGGUCUUAGGUUUGGGAGGGCUUUUAUUAAUAUCUCCUCCAUAGCUAAUGGUUUUAAAAGAGUUAUUAAAAGUUGUAUUAAUAUUUGAGAAGGAUCCCUUAAAUUUAUGAUAAUUUCAUAUAUUUUACAAUUGAAUAAUACGCUUGUCAGUGUUUUGUGGUGGUCUAACUAUGUAAUGGUGAGACUGUUUUCAAAUUGACUUCUAACUCAUCUUAGGGAUUGUCUUGUACUAGUUGGUAAAAUGCACUUUGACCCAUUGCAUGCCCCGCUGCCAUAAGGGAACCAGGACUGUUGUUUUCUUUGCUAACAUAAAAUGGGGAUACUAGCGGGCGAUGCUGAAAGUAUAAUCAUCACAAUCAUUACAUCAUUACAUCUGAGACAUGAUGUGUGCAAACAUUUUGGAAUUAACAGAAUAGAAAGUCUGGAUAAAGGUGAAGCUCUUUGCUGAUCUUUCGACUGCAACCGCCUUUCACCAACGUUAGCUUGUUACUCAGUGAAGCAACAGAGUCACUGUGUAUGAAUAGAAAUACAGUAAUUCUACCACAAUUUCAGUAGUAAAUUGGGUUAAUUGGGUUUCAUUUGGAUUCGUUAAAAUGACAUGCUAAUUUGCUAAUAUUGCUCAUGUUACAAGAUACAUGUAUAUACACAACAAUCUUCUAUCAUCUACACUCACGGAUCUCAUUUGCGCUCGCUGAUUUUGGCACUGAUUUGCCAUCAUAGUUAGCCAGUGAUAUUAAAAUGCUGCCCCAGAGGCAAUUACAAUUAGACAAUUGUGACUUUCUUGGAGACUUUUUGGAUGCUUCUUUUGUUGUGGACUUGUGCAUGAAUAUGGUUAGCUUAAGCAUCAAAAACGCAUUGAUCUCGUUCUUUGUCUUUCUCUCAUGCACCUGUGAUCUAAGUGUACUUACCUCGUGUUUUAUAUCCGUCUCUUUAGUGGGGAUAAACACAUUCUUGCACUUUUUUUUUUUAAUCCUCUAGCAACCACUUAGGGUUACUAUUUUUGUAGUACGGAUGCUAGGUUGAAGCCCCGUUUGACUAUUUGCACUUUGUUACCUUCAAUCUACCUUUUCAACUGCACUGAUAUGGGCAGUUACUGUGUUGGUGUCAUAGACAGUGUAAAAGAAAUGGAUGUAGUGAUGUGCAGUUUGGAGGCCUUGAGUUUGGCAUUUUUGACUGUCGCCAUCUUGUUUUUUUGGAGCCAGGAGUGACCAUAUAUGGAUGCGAGGUCCUCAGGGUAGCGACCUGCCAAUCACAAAGUAGCCCCGCCCUAAAGCAUACUCUGCUUUAUCGUCUAUUUCACUCUAAAUGGGAUCAUA